AUGCCAUCAUUUUUAUAUGCAGAGCGAUUAUAUCUUAAUCAUCACGUUUUGAGUUUUGCAACUAAAUCGCAUGGAAUCAAGUCUAAGAAGAAUGCACAGCCUCAGAUGUUUGAAGAGGAGGAAGUAGAGUUAUUUGACUUAGAGCCAUAUCUGGAAAACCUAAAAGAUAUUGAGGCUACUGCAAUUUCCAGUUUUGAUCAAAUAACUCCCGUUACUAUAACCAUUAAUGAUUUGCAAAAUGUUCCCGUAACUAUGAAGAAUGGUAGUAAAAUCCUUGGAGAUCUGGCACAAAUUGUUUUUAAGACAAACUUCCUAGUUAAUUUGCACAUUUUUGAUGUUUCUGACAAAAAUAGAGUGUGGAGGUACAAGAAGGUGAUUUGA